AUGGAUACAUCUGUGGUCAAUGCUUUUGGCCUAUUGCUCUGUAUCUCUUGCCUGCUUCUCUUUUUAGCAUGGAAAAAGGACUAUGGAGGAAGAGGAAAGCUUCCACCUGGUCCUGCUCCAUUUCCCAUUAUUGGCAAUAUACUGCAAUUGGACCUGAAGAAUGUUCCUGAAUCUUUGUGCAAGGUAACAAAAGAGUAUGGUCCAGUAUUCACUCUGCAAAUGGGUUUUCAGCGUGUAGUUGUGUUACAUGGAUACAAAGCAGUGAAAGAAGCUCUGAUUGAUCACGGAGACAAGUUUGCUGCCAGAGGAUCUAUUCCAGUUUUUGAAUUCAUCAGCCAAGGAUUAGGAAUUGUUACAAGCAAUGGAGAGAGAUGGAAACAACUCCGCCGAUUUGCCCUCAUGACCCUAAGGAAUUUUGGGAUGGGGAAGAAGAGCAUUGAAGAGAAUGUCCAAGAAGGGGCCAAAUUACUUGUGGAGGCAAUAAAACAAACAAAAGGAUUACCAUGUGAUCCUACAUUCAUCCUUGGGUGUGCUCCUUGCAAUGUAAUCUGCUCUCUCAUUUUCCAGAAACACUUUGACUACAAUGACCCAAAAUUUCUAUAUUUAAUGAAACUUUUAGAUGAUGAUCUGAAGCUCUUGAGUUCCCCGUGGAUUCAGGUCUACAAUAAUUUUUCACCUCUAAUACACUAUCUUCCUGGAUUGCAUCACAAACUAUUUAAAAUUACUAAUUUACAAAAAAAAUUUAUUUUGGAAGAAGUGAAGGAACACCAAAAGAGACUGGACCCUAAUAAUGUUCGGGACUUCAUUGAUUGCUUUCUGAUUAAAAUGGAGCAGGAAAAGCAAAAACCACAGUCUGAAUUUACCAUUGAAAACUUGAUCAAUACUGCAGUUGAUCUAUUUGCUGCAGGAGCAGAGACAACAAGCACCACCCUGAAAUAUGGAUUCUUGAUGCUCUUGAAGCAUCCUGAGAUAACAGAAAAAAUUCAUGAAGAAAUUGAUCGUGUGAUUGGCCAUGAUCGAAGUCCUUGCAUGGAGGACAGAAUCAAGAUGCCUUACACCAAUGCUGUCGUUCAUGAGAUACAGCGAUACAUUGAUCACAUCCCCUCCAGCCUGCCCCAUGCAGUGACUCAAGAUGUUCAAUUCAGACAAUAUCUUAUCCCCAAGGGUACCACUGUAAUACCAUUACUGACUUCUGUUCUGUAUGAUGAUAAAGAGUUCCCCAAUCCUCAUCAGUUUGAUCCAGGUCACUUCCUGGAUGCAAGUGGCAACUUUAAGAAGAGUGACUAUUUCAUGCCUUUUUCAGCAGGAAAACGGAUAUGUCUUGGUGAGGGCUUGGCUCGAAUGGAAUUAUUUCUGUUUUUUACUACUGUCCUACAGAAUUUUACCCUGAAAUCUCUCAUUGACACAAAAGAUAUUGAUACCACUCCAAUUGACAGUGGAUUUAGCAGAAUACCCCCCUCCUUUAAGCUCUGCUUCCUCCCUUACCAAAACGCGUGAAGGUCUAUCCCUAGUUCUAAUUGCUGUAGAAUCUCCUCAUGUGCUCUGAAUAAACUGUACUCAUUUCCUUCCAUGGAAAUGAAAGCCUUUUAUUAUUUUAACCCAAUAUACCCUUCUAGCCUCAUCUAAUACUCCCAUUGCCUUUUGUCAAAAGGGAUGACUUUACCCCCCACAUUAUCCAGAAAUUGUCUGUUCCUGGAAUAUUUCUUCUCUUCAACUCCAUUGAUUGAAAUCCUACCUAUACUUCAAAUCAGAAUUCAGAUGACACAUCUCUAUGACUUUCUUUGUCCUUAUGGUCUGUACCACACAAUUAAAUACUGAAUUAUAAA